AUGGCGGACGCAGCGUUAAAUCGGUUCCCAUCAGGAACAUCUUGGUCAUUGGCAGCGGAAGCCUACCGUCUAGUCGACCAGUAUGUCUCGCUUCCUCUGUCUCUGGACCUUGCUACGGCAGUCCAAGAAAUUCUCCCGUUGGAUACGCCUAACGCCUUGGCUUUUGACAACGGAUGUGGCCCUGGCACCAUGGUUGCCGUGCUGAAAACUUUGGCCUCUGACCUGCCAGUUGUCGCGAGCGACCUGUCAGAAGGUAUGAUCGCACAGCUCCAAGACCGUGGGAGGGAGCUUGGGUGGAAGAAUGUUGAGGCGAGUGUUGUUGAUGCCAGGGAUUUGAACGCAUUGAGUGUCGGGGCCAUACCUGAAAAGUUCUCCCACGUCUUCAGCACCUUCAUGGUAUGUCUCGCUCAGGAGCCGGAGAAGAUAAUGAAGGAGAUGUUCCGUGUGAUGAAGCCUGGUGGAAUAUUGGGAUUGGGCGUCUGGGCUGAGCCCUACGUAUCAUUCUGGAAUGAUGCGUUUACGAAGGCCGCGAGGGAGUUAGAGCCAACAUAUUCCCCGGUCAAGUUGAUGGCGGAGCAGUGGACUUUUCGCGAGGAGGUUGAGAAGAGGAUUCGUGAAGCAGGUUUUGUGGAUGUGAACGUAUGGGAGACGCAGAAGUCUCCAACUUUUCCAAAUGUUGAACAACUGGCUGCUGUUUUCAUAGAGGGAAGGAAUCCAGCGUUGCAGAAGAUGAUCAACUCCUGGAUAGUUUUGGGAAGAAGUAUGGAUGAAAUGUUGCCUCUAUUCACGAAGGCACUGGUUGAAUUGUAUGGGCGUCCAGAUGGAACUCUUGUGGGGCCUGUGCAUGCUUGCUUGAGUACAGCAAGGAAGCCCAGUUAA